AUGCCUCCCAAAAGGAACCAGAUUGAGCCGGUCAACGAAGAAAGCUGCGAAGAGGAAGAAGCUGAGCGGACAUCUAGAGUGCAAACCGAUAGGCAGCUCCACGUUCGAUCAAGACGUACACCGCACGUAGAUUUGAAUCUGGCCGCUUUCAACUAUGUUCAGAAUUACAACUACGAUCUCCAUCCCAAAGUUGUCAUUGGAAGGAUGGAUCAAUCGUGUCAGUUCUGCCGUGCUUUAAAGUUCAAAAACGAGACGGCUGGCAUGUGCUGUGCCAACGGUCAAGUCAAGCUACCCGACCUACGUUCGCCACCCCAGACACUCCGGGCCCUGGUAGCCGGGGAAACAAGCGAAUCGAAGCAUUUUCUGAAGAACAUACGCAAGUAUAAUUCGGCUUUCCAAAUGACAUCUUUCGGCGCUACCGAGACUUUCAAUGAUGAAUUCAUGCCUACGUUCAAGUGCCAAGGCCAGAUUUAUCAUCGCGCUGGGUCCCUCCUCCCUUUACCGAAUGAAGAACAUCAGUUCCUGCAAAUAUACUUCAUGGGAGAUGCUGAUCAGCGAAUCGAGC